GGGGCCACGCCUGCGCAGGCCGCCUAUUAUAGCGGCCCUUUGAACCCAGCACGAGAGGGGUCGGCGGGUUCCGAGGAUGGUCGGCGAGUUCCGACGGGCGGCCGGUGCUGGGGUGCUGCCGUCCCAAGAUUAAUGUGGAGCCCGGGCCAUGGUAGAUGGCUCGCACCCCAGCCAUGGAUGAGGUCACUUUCAAAAGCGACACUGUGCUGUCAGACGUUCACCUCUACACUCCCAACCAGAGACACCUCAUGGUGCGGCUAAACAGCAUGGGGCAGCCCGUUUUCCUGUCCCAGUUCAAGUUUGUGUGGAGCCAAGACUCUCGGACAGUCUCAGGGGCUAAGGGUGGUGAUCACAGAGCUGUUCCCACAGAGGAGACUCCUGCUGGGACAGUCUGCACCGGGUCUCCUCCCCGGAGAGGCUGGAGAGGGAGAGGCCGCAGCAGUGAGGGUUUUUCCCUCCAGGCCUGCGCUGACACCGCCGGCCAGGAGGGGGCGGGAGCUCAGCUGGACGAGGAUGGGGAUUUGGACGUCGUGAGAAGACCACGGGCUGCCUCUGACCCUGACCCCACAGUGCCCCCGAGAGACAAGGUACACCCCAUGAUUCUAACGCAGGAAGAAGAUGACGUCCUGGGAGACAAAGCACAAGAGAACAGCACCCACGAUAUCAUCAGAAUAGAACACACCAUGGCCACGCCCCUGGAGGAUGUUGGCAAGCAGGUGUGGCGGGGUGCCCUGUUCCUGGCUGACUACAUCCUGUUCCAGUGGGACCUCUUCCAGGGACGCACCGUGCUGGAGCUCGGGGCGGGCACGGGGCUCACCAGCCUUGUCGCAGCCACCGUGGCGCAGACAGUGUACUGUACAGAUGUUGGUGCAGAUCUCUUGGCCAUGUGCCAACAAAACAUUGCCCUCAACAGCCACCUGACUGCUUCUGGAGGUGAGGCCCAGCGGGUCUUCUGCCUGGGAGGGAGGAAGGAGCGCAAAACUCUUUCUUCUUUCACAGACCCGAAGGUCCCCUUCAGCUGGUCAGAAGAGGACAUCUCCGACCUGUACAACCACACCACCAUACUGCUCGCGGCUGAAGUGUUUUAUGACGAUGACCUAACCGAUGCUCUGUUUAAGACACUCUACCGACUCGCUCACAAACUGAAGAACGCCUGCACGGCCAUCCUCUCCGUGGAGAAGAGGCUGAACUUCACUCUGAGUCACCUGGACGUCACGUGCGAGGCCUACGACCACUUCCGCUCCUGCCUGCACCAGCUGGAGAAGCUGGAGGACGGCCAGCUGCGCUUUGCAGUCGAGCAAGUGGACGCCUCCUUCCCGCAGCACCUCAUGUACGAGCGCAUCCAGCAGCUGGAGCUCUGGAAGGUGCGUGUGGAACCAGCACCGCGGCACGGCGCCUCUGCAGGCCGCACGCCUCGGCUGUCCCUGUGACCGUCUAAUAAAACCAGAGGCUCCCGCACUGA